AUGGCCAAGACGCCGGCCCGUGUCCUUGUCCUCGAGAUUGCACAAGGCAUGUGGCACUCGUCGCAACGAAGGGAUGCCCGGGCAGAAAAGAGCGGCGGCCGCUGGGGGCAGAUAUUGCCACCAGAGUCUCAGUCGGCAAUGUUCUCCUGCGAGAAGGAGGAGGAGGACGAUGGAGAGGAAGGGGUCUCCAUGUUCCGAGGCCGCCUCAGAUCUCGGGCUGUGCAUGUUUGGCAGAGUACCAUCGGUGGACGAUAG